AAAAAAAAAAAAAAUCGCACUGUCAGCGUAAGUGCGCGGAGUCCACCGGGCCUCGCUCCGUCGUUGCCGUCGUCGUCUUCGGUAGUCGCCAUGACCUCGGCGAAGACACUGAAGCUGGCCGCGUACGAGCUGCUGCAGUUCGCCGCGUUGGCCGUCCCCGCGUUUGUGCUCGCCGAGCGCUUCGGCCGCCUGCUUAGCGACGUGAGGGGAGACCACAGCACCGCCUACUGGCUGGCGGUGGCCUCCUCGGUGGCCUACGUGACCUCCUGCGGCCUGCUGGUGUGGGUCCCCCUCAGGUUUCUCGUCCUGAAGGGGCGGGGUUUCAAGGCCACGCGCUGGCGACCAACAGUGCUGGCGUAUCUCCUAUUGUGCACGCUACCUUGCUUUGCUAUCGUGAUAGCCAGCUCCCAGGUGCAAGUCAACGCGGGGGUGCGACUGGACCACUUUGCCGAGUUGCCCGUCUCCUCGGUGUUGGUGUCGCUCAUCUGCGUGGACCUUGUGGAGAGGAUACGGCCCUGCAGGCUCCUCGGACAAUCCGACGACCUGGACCUGACCUUUGAGCCGCCGGGCUCGGUUCUGACCCACCUGGAAACGGCCAGCUCCGUCUCCGACCGGGUGCGGCCCGGCCAACUCCACAACGGUUCUCUGGCGAACCCCCUUCCGAAAAAACCCGACGCACCCCGCUGGCGUCCGGACGUCCCCGCCCCGGCGGGCUCCGGAACAUCCGGCGCCGCCUACCUGCGCUCGUCCUCGCGGGCCUUCUCGGGCCACCUGGGCUUCCUGGCUCGGCGAGACGCCAGGUCAGAGGGAGAGCGUCAUGACUCGGACGCCGUUGAGGAAAGAAACGCCCAGGUGCAGUUGGAGAAAGCCAAGUACCGGCCCGUGGCUUUCGCCGUACGCUGCAACUUCUCCUACACGCCGGCAGAUGACGACAACGUGCCGGUACCCGGCCAGGCGAUCACCUUUGAGGCCCGAGACUUCCUCCACGUCAAAGAGAAAUUCAACAACGAAUGGUGGAUCGGGAGACCGGUGAAGGAAGACGGCGUGGUGGGCUUCAUCCCCAGUCCGGUCAACUUGGAGACCAUCCUGAUCAGGAGAGAAGUCCAGGCCAGGAAGGCGGCCAAGGCCUUAGCCAACAAAGCGGCGUCGCAAGCGGCUCAAGAUAUGAACUCAAAGAAAUACACGCCUCCAUCGCAAGCCAAUCAGCAAGUGAAAAAGAAGCCGGGGGAACAGGUGUCCAUGUACGACGUGGUGCCCACCAUGCGGCCCGUGGUCCUCAUGGGGCCGUCGCUGAAGGGCUUAGAGGUGACAGACAUGAUGCAAAAAGCUCUCUUCGACUUCUUGAAGCAUCGGUUCGAAGGCAGAAUCACAAUCACACGGGUGACAGCGGACAUUUCUCUGGCCAAGCGCUCCAUCCUCAACAACCCUGGGAAAAAAGCGUUAAUCGACCGCACCAACACUCGCUCCAAUUUAGCCCAGAUCCAGGGGGAGGUGGAGCGCAUAUUUGAGCUGGCCCGCAGCCUGCAGCUGGUGGUUCUGGACGCCGACACCGUCAACCAUCCCCUGCAGGUGUCCAAGACCUCCCUCGCGCCCAUCCUGGUCUACGUUAAGAUUUCCUCCCCGAAGGUGUUGACCAGGUUGAUCAAGACCAGGGGAAAGUCUCAGACCAAACACCUCAACGUUCAGCUGGUGGCCGCGGACAAGCUCGCCCAGUGCCCGCCGGAAAUGUUCGACGUCAUCUUGGACGAGAACCAGCUGACGGACGCCUGCGAGCACAUCGCCGACUACCUGGAGUCGUACUGGCGGGCCACGCACCCGCCCGAGAUGGAACCCGCGAACGAUCUGGUGGCCCGGCUGGCCGAAAACACGCUGCCCACCGCUCCCACCGUUGUGCCGAUGCUCAAGUGACAUUUUCCGGACGAGCAGAAGAGCAAGAAGUCGACCACGGCCAAGAGGAAGGGUCACCGCGACGAGACCUCCGGCCAGGAGCCCGACUCUUCGGCCGGGCAACAGAAACCCGACGAGGUUCGGGGACAGGACGAC